AGACGAUCUCGUUCCCAUCGGUCCCAUCCAUCCACAGCCGCCUCUCCUCUGGUCCUCUCCGCGGCCACUAGGGUUUGCUCUCCUCUAGUCCUCUCCGCGGCAGCUAGGGUUUGCUCUCCUCUCUGCCGCCCGCAGCUCUUUACCUUCCGGCGUCGGGCUCGUCGCUGUCUGGGAAACUCGAAGUCGGCGUCCUGCCGUAUCAACUCCCCCGAUCCCCAUAGUCUUUCCGCCCGCCGCCGCCAGGAGAUGAUGAUAUCCAAAAUGCAUGAUAUGCUUUUGCCAGUGUUCUCUCUGUUCAAGUUUCGUUUGGAUGCUCCGCGUAUCCACAGCGUCAUCAAGUCAUGGGCUGUGGCUUCAAUCCCCGGAUUUUUUGUUUGCAUGUGCUGUGCUGCUAUGAAGCAUUGUUUAGCAAACAAUGUUUUGGGAAUUUCUUCCCGUAUCCAGCACGUGUUCCCACCCGCAGAUGCUGCCUCCAUGCUUUUCAUUGCCGACACUGCAAUAUCUGGUAUAUGUGUUGCACUUGCCCUCUGUAUCGCUGUGCCAAGAGCUAGCAAGAACCGUUUCUUUAAUUACGCAUUUUUGCGAUACACUGUAAUUAUCAUCAUACUGAACUGCUUUCAAUCCACACAGGGUGGGGGGCAGCCUGCUCUACAAUACGUUGCUUGUGGCGUGAUUAGUUUUGUUGCUGUUCACUGUUUGUGGAAUGUAGAAGUAAAACAGGGUGACAACAAUCAGCCGAUGAGUGAAGUGUGGGAUUGGAACAUGUAUGGAACCAAACUGAAGUUUCAUGGAUGGUUUAUUGACACUGCCAAUGAGGAUGGUGACGGAGGUGAGGAUGGUGACGGAGGUGAGGAUGAUGCUUCAUUUGCCUCGGAGCAUUCCGAUGAUGAAGAUUUGACGGAGGUGUCAAUUUUACGUGCGGUGCAAGUGUUGGCCAUUCGUGCAAACUUCCGUAUCAGCCGUAUGGACGCCCAUGACUGGUACCAAAGUUUUGUCAUCUAUACGGCGCUCGAGGGGGAAGUACAAGAGGAAGGAAUGGAUUUGGUACUCACUGGACCAUGUGGGAUACUACAGGCUUACGGUGGCAUCUGCUUGGAGGUUUUCACAGAAGACCUGGUUUUCACAGAAGACGAUGAGGGGUCUUCUACUGAUGAUGAGGGGUCUUGGGGCGGUCAUUUCCGCCGAGGCUGGGAUGUUACUGAUCCUGAUGAAGUUGAGGAAUUCACACAAACCAUCUAUGGAGGCCUUGGCCGCAAGUUGGAGAUCACAUAUUUGGUGAUUCCGGAAGCAGUUGAGACCUAUGUUGAGGUCAGGUUGAACCUCAAAGACUUCGGUUUGAGAAGCUGCUCUGUGUAUGGUAGCGUCAAGGCAAUUGCCGUUGACUAUGGGAGCAAAAGCGUCAAUCUCUUCAGUUUUGAACGAGGCAGUAGCUUGUCCCUGCCCUGUGGUUCCACGUGCAUUCUUCCACUGGGACCACACAUGAUUGCAUUGCCUAAAGGUAGACAGUACAAACUCCACAUAGAGGUGGACCUAAGAGUAAUCACAACCUGUGACAGCCAAGAAGAGGACAAGAAUUUGAAAUUCUGUCUAGACUGCAGCCGUAGAAUUAGGAGUGAAGAACGUCUAGAGUUACCCCGUAGAAUUAGGACUCAAGAAAGAGAAUUCGAUGGUGAUCAAGUUGAAGUGAAGGUCAUCUGGGCCCUAGCAAGAUCCUUCUAGAUCCUCGAUAAAUUUGUCUAAGAAAGGAGCUAGAAGCGAAAUAAGUGAAGGAAGGCAUGUGCCACAUGUGGAACUUUGUCUAUGUUUGCCAGAUCAUAUUAUCUAUUUCCUUGUGUUCGAUCUAUUCAUGCCAUUUUAUUUGAA